UGGCUCUCUUUCAUCUUCUUAUCAUAACAUCGAACUACUGGUGAUAAGGGAUGUCAUGUUCCUGUAAAAAAUUGUUUUUGAUUAAAAGAUCCAAAACAAGUCCACGUUCGAGUUAAGCUCACCUGGAGUAACCACACUUCCUCGCGGAACAAUAUCGGAAUAAAGUGGUAACUGAGAUUCCAACGAGUUCUACACGCUUCUUCCUGCUUCCAAAAGAUCCACGUCAGUCUUUUCUUCUUCGGAGAACCCCUAACUUGGCUCCCCAUGGUCGCCGCCAUAGCCCAUAUGACGAUCCUUUGCGAGCUUGCACCGGCAGAAAGCGCCUUCGGUCGGAGCAGAGACCUUCCGGCAAUCCCUCGUCUUCGAUCGGCGGCAGACCUCUCUCCGGCGAGCGGGAAGAUUAUCCUCCAGCCGCGGCUCUGCACUCUCCGAUCUUACGGAUCCGGAAAACUCCCAUCUCCGGUGAAGAAUUCCGGCACCAACACCUCUUUCUUCUUCGCCUCCCUCGCCGAUUACGUCGACAGCGCCCGCAAGAGCCACGACUUCGAGAUCAUCUCCGGCCGCCUCGCCAUGAUUGCCUUCGCGGCCGCCGUGGGAGAGGAGUUCGUUACAGGGAACUCCCUCUUCAAGAAAUUGGACUGCGAAGAGAUCGCCGGCGCCGCCGGCGUCCUCCUCGCCGUGGUUACCUCCGCCGCUGUUUUCGCUUGGCUCUCUAUGGCAAGGACUCGGAUCGGUAAAAUGCUUACCCUUAGCUGCAACUCAUUCGUCGACUCUCUCGUCGACAACAUAAUUGACGGCCUGUUCUAUGAGAACGAUCCCAUCGAUUGGUCUGAUGAGACAUAAGAAUCAUAGCUGGUGAGGCAAAAUUAUAAAAAAUGGGUGCUGUAAAAAGUUGUAUCAGAGUAAAUUAUAGAUACGAGUGUAUGUGUAAUAUACAUAAGAUAAAUGAAAGAUAAGAAUGUUAGUUUUCAUUGAUCCAUUUA